AUGGUGUCGUCGUGUCUUGCCCUCGUCGUCCUCCUUGCUGUGCCCUUUCUUGCCCUCGCCGGCGACCCGGACAUCCUCACAGACUUCAUCCUGCCGCCCGGCACCAAUGCGUCGCUCCUCAACAGCACGUUCUUCACCUACACGGGCCUCUUCGCUGGCAACUCCGCCGACCCAGCCAAGUUCACGGUGACAAAGGCCACCGCCACCGAGUUCCCGGCGCUGCUCGGCCAGUCCGUCUCCUAUGCUGCCCUCAUCUUUGGCCCAGGCACCGUCAACCCGCCGCACGUCCACCCAAGGGCGUCGGAGUUGCUUUAUGUGGUGCAGGGCCCGCUGCUGGUGGGCCUCAUCGACGAGACGAAAGGUGAGCUGUACGCGCAGACGCUGCAUACGGGUGACAUGUUCGUGUUCCCCAAGGGCAUGGUGCACUUCCAGUUCAACGGUGGCGACCACGUGGCACGUGCCUUCUCAGCCUUCGGCAGUGCCAGCCCCGGCACCGUCUCGCUCCCGACUGUCCUCUUUGAGUCCGGCAUCCCUGACGCCGUCCUCGAGAAGUCGCUUCACGUCGAUCAGACCACCGUGGAUGCGCUCGAGCAGGACCUGGCGCCGCUUGCUCCUGCUCCCUCUCCAAAUACACCGCCAACGCCUAAGAAUGGUGGUGUGGCACGCGCACCAGCGUGCUUCGCGCUGCUGGCUGGCUUCGCAGCAACAUUGUUGCUGUGA